UGUCUUUCUGCUUGCGCUGUCGCAAGUGUUUUGUUUUGUAUUAAUGUUGAUGUUUUUGUUUGAAUAAAAUGUUGAUAAAACCCACAAUUACUUAUGCGGGAUCAUGUCCACUUUUUCGUUCGUUGGAAAUGCAAAUUUUGAAUGCGAUUCCAUUGGACAAAUGCGAAUGGCGGCGUACAUUCCAACGUCCGACCAAACAGGUCCGGUUGGAGGCACAGGCUCAACAGUUUAACGUGUCUAUGCUUGAGAAAUAUAAGCAGGGUGAGUGGAGUAUUUUGGAGCAUCCCAUUCUACACAUUUUUGUAACAGAAUGCAAUGAUAUCGACACGUAUAAGGCCACAAUAAAAGACGAAAUAGACGCCUGGCUGAAACUCCUGACUAGCUAUGGCGUUUUGGAUUGGAUGAUUUUGUUGGUAGAAACGCUUGAUAUGCGAAAGACCAAGAACAUAUUACCUCGCACCACAGUGCUGGAUAAGAUACGGCUUGAUUUUGGCAGCAAAAACGAUGAUCGCUGUAUAUCUGUGCUAAAUCCGGCCAAAUUUGAGCAAAAGUCAACUGAAUCAUUCCGCUGUUUGGUGCAACGCAUCCGCUUUUUAAUGCUUACCAGUUAUAACAGGAAUAUUGUCAAAUACGAAGAUCUCUUGCGCAGUAAACGGGAGAGGCGCAAUCUUGAUGGCUGGGACUUUCGUCAGUAUUUCUUUUUGCAAGAAGAUUUGGCAUUAAUUUUUGAAAAAUUGGAAUUGCAUACUGAGGCUCUAAUCCAAUAUGAUGAACUGGAUGCAUUGUUCUCUCAAUAUGUAGUACAGCAAACGGAUAGCUUUCGUCAACCUUUAGAUGCUUUUAAUGGUAUCUGCCUGAACAGAGUAGAUAAAUUUGAGAUGCGAUCUAAGAUACGGAAUAGAUCUCUUCCCUGUUCCCUCUUGGAGUUUCGAAAUUAUUUAUUUGAACGUCAGGCUCAACUUCUUUUCACCAGUAAUGAUAUACCCGAGAUAGCCAAGCGUCUAUUAAAUUUCCUUUUUUCAACAUUGCGGGAAGUUGAUUACAUUAAAGUUGAAUGUCAGGAGGGAUCGCUGGCCUGUUGGUCGUUUGUCUGCGCUUUGGAGGUGCUGCAGCUUUGUGAGCAGGCAAUGGAACCGAAUGAAGUGACAGUGCAAUGUUUUCAGCAUUGUGCUCCCAUAUGGAAUCUGGCCAAAGAUAAGUUGUAUGAAUUGGGAAAAUUAUGCGGCUUGCUGCCUGGUUCUACGCCCACUUCGGAGCAACUGCACAUAGUGGUGCAGUUGUCAUCAGGAAUUGGCGAUGACAAUUCAACAGUCGAGCAGCAACAACACUUUUUGCUGGCCAAUCCACAAACAAGGGAACGUUCCCCCAAUCGCAAGCCAAAGAAAUCAGCAACACAGCAAUUAAAAGAGGCUCUCGGCUCGAAUCAGGCAUUCGAAAAGCUUUACUUGGAGUUGGCCGAGCUGGCUAUAAGCACAUAUAAACACGUAGCCCGAUUACGUUCCGCUAGAUUGGUGGGUUUGGAUCUAGGCAAGUUCUAUUGUAUUCACAUGAAUGAACCGCAUAAAGCUGUUGGAUUUUUUACCGAUCUAUUGCGUGAGCUUAAGACAGAAAAUUGGCAAAUGCUUAGUUCACAAACACUGCUCGAACUGGCCAAUUGUUAUCGCAAAAUGGGCGACACUUUGGCAUAUACAAAAUCUUGUAGUUCAAUCUCCUGCUGCGUAGAGCUUGAGACUCUAGUACGCACCUUUUACUUCGAUGAGUUUCUUAAAUCAUUGAAAAAUCUAAACACCACACUCUCAGCCCAGUCAUCUAUGGAAAACGCUAACUUUUGUGUACUUGAAGAUCAUUUUCGCAUCCUGGAUAUUGAAGUAAUCACUCCUAAGCCUAUUAUUCAGGAUGAUUUUGUGGUUGUACAAUUAAAAAUGGAAAGCUUCUAUCCCAGAGAGAUUGUGGCAGAAACCAUUAAGCUUUGCUAUGAAUUGGAGACUCCACCGGCUCUUGAGGAAGUUGCUCUUACCACUCCAACAACAAAAGAAUCCUCCAUAUCGCAAUUAAAGGUGUCACUGCAGCUGAGCUACAAACAGGACAACAAACUGCAUAUGUCUACCGUUAGUUGUGACUCGCCCAAGACAAAGCACAGUGUACGGCGAACUAGCAGCACUAAGCGCAAACUUUCACCCAGUGUUCACGCCGAUUUCAGUAAUUUUGUGCAAGCAGAAAAUACAGCCUUACAGCCAGGUGUAAAUAUCAUUGAACUUAAGGCCAAGGCAAUGCGUGUGGGUAAUUGGCAAUUUAAGCAGCUUUCGCUCUGUAUGUCUAGGCUAGAGUUUCUAUCUGAACAACUGCCUAUUUCUCCGCCUAGCUUCGAGGUCAGCACGAAACCGGCAAGUGCAACUCUGGAAUUUAAGACCUUAAUUGCUGGUAUAAUUCAACCCAUAUUGCUACAUGUUUCCGGUGGUAGUUUUAUAUUUCCUGCCGAUGCCAAAGUCACACUGCGAUGCUCCAAAAAUUUGCGUAUACGGCAGGCACUGAAGUCUAACGACGAGACAAAUAAUUUGGCCAAUGAUUCAACGUUUGAGACUAUCCUUCAGGUACCGUUGAAACAUUUUAAAUCGUUCGAAGAGCGUUGCAUUCCCUUGGAGGUGCUGACAGAUAUGCCUGGCCGCAAGACGACCAAGCAUCAUGAACAUCAUAUUGCCAUCAGCUGUCCGUGGUCGCGGACUGAGUUGCUGAUACCAAUAGAGUUUCAACCGGCCAUGGAAGCAACUUGCCGGUUACAUACCUGCGGCACGCAAAAGUUUUUACAAGUGAUUAUGAAAGGGCUGGAAGCCCAUUUAUUGCUAAAACAAGCCAUGGUGAAGUGCGAUGUGUCCGGAGUUAAAUUGGUGGAUCUGAACCCAAAAAAUCAGCAGCCUAUUGAAAUAUACAAAACUCUGAUGGUUACCUAUCUGUAUGAGAUCCAGGUGGAGCCCCUUAAAACCGAAGAGGAGUUGCCUAUUGUUAAAGUGCAUUUUGUAAUUCAAUAUGCCUCCUUGGAGCAGCCGACCAUUUGGAGGAAUUACGGUUGUGCCUUUGACCUGGUUGACUAUACUACGCUCUUUAAGCUUCAAGGUCAAUUGGAGCCCAAUGAACUGUGUCGUCUCCGUACUGUUUGCAACAUGAAUCUGAAGAUUACCAAAAUCCAUGAGAAUCCUUAUGUGGACCUGAUGUAUGAAGUACUCAACGAUCAAAAUCUUUGGGCUGUUUGUGGACGCUCUGCGGGAGUUGUUUCAAUGAAAGACGUUGAUAGUCAUUCAAUAUCUCUCGAUGUUAUGCCUUUAAGCACUGGAUUCCUACCCAUGCCAAGUAUACGAUUAUCAAAAUAUACAGCCGGUGGCAAGACUAAAGCCGAUGCUCAUUCUAAAGUGCAUCCAUUUCCGCCAGGACAGGUUUAUAAUUCCACCAAGAGUUUGCAAAUACAUGUUAUAGCCAGCGUCAGUGCGGACCAAUAAAUAUUCAACAAAGGACAAGGUAUUCUAGCAAAUUAUUUAUAACAAAUGAUACACACAGACAAAUAAAGCGUAACAUAAAAAAGAA